AUGAGUUAUGAAACUAGAGUAAUUAUGAAUUAUUAGUUUAAUACUUGUGAUAUUAUUGGAAGAGGGUUUAGUUCUAUUGUAUAUAAAGGGAUUAAUACUAUUACAAAAGAAAAUGUAGCCAUUAAAGUAAUCAUUAUUUAUUAUACUGUCUUAGGUUAUCAAGAGACAAUUUUCUGAUCAAUUACCACUUAUUUAGAAUGAAAUAUAAAUCCUAUCCAAACUACAGGGACGCAAUAUAUUAAAAUUUUAUGAGCAUUUCACAACUCAGAACAAUAUAUAUAUUAUCACUGAAUACUGUAGACAAGGAGAUCUAGCAUAGAAAUUAAAGUAAUUUGGAUACUUGAAAUAAGAAUAUGCUGUAGCUAUUAUUCGAUAAAUUAUAGAUGGUAUAUAUGUGAUGGCUUAACAAAGUAUUCUAAAUUAUCAUAUGAGAUAUUAUACAUAGAGACUUAAAGCCAUAGAACAUCUUAAUUAAUGAAGAUGCCAUUAAAAUAGCAGAUUUUGGAUUCGCAAAGCCCUUAAAUUAAUUAUAAAAUGAAAUGAAUGUUGGUACUCCUCUCUACAUGAGCCCAGAAACCAUAAUCAAAUCAUAAUAUAACGCCAAAAGUGAUAUUUGGAGUCUAGGGGUUCUCUUUUAUGAAAUACUAUUUGGAUGUCCACCCUGGUAAGCAUAGACUGAAUAAGAAUUGAUUUUUAAAAUGCUCAAUUAACGUAUUUCAUUUCCAGAUGUUCCUCCUGUUUCUGAAACAGUAAAAGACUUUAUAAAAUAAUGUCUAAUAGUUGAUCCAUAUUUAAGAUUAGGAAUUACAGAACUCAUUAAACAUCCAUUAAUAAAAAGAACAACAAAAAAAACAGAAAAAUUUGUUAGACAAACAGAUACUGAAAGCACUUAAUAAACUAUAAAAUCUGAAAUUCCAAAUAGUUCAGAACCAUGGACUUCAAAUAGUUCAAAUAAAAAAUUAGUAUAUGUAAGUUGUAAGAAUCCUUAGGUUAAUGUAAUUUUAAAUAAGUAUUUAAAUACAAAAAACAAUUAAAUUACUAAUAAUAACACUAUUCCUAAAAAUUAAUCUUUAUUUGAUGAAAUUUAAUUGAUAUUACAAAGUCAGUUCUCUUUGUGCAUAUUUCUUAAUAAUAUAAUAUCAAAAUUAAAGGAUUUCAAAUUGACUACACCUUUAUUAAAUGAGAAAUGUAGAAUUAUUUUUUCAAAACAUCUAUAAAAUAUCAAAGAAACUAUUUAUAAAUAAUUGAUUGAAAGUGAUAAUAAAUUUAAAUUUAAAGAUUGGUAACUUUUUUGUAAAGAAAAUGCUUAUAGUAGAUUUAGUGCUAAAUUCUUAUUAGAAAAUAACUAAUUUACUAAAACAUGUUUAGAAUAUAAUUAAAUGAUUAAAUCUAAUAAAUCAUUAAUAAUUGAGUAUUAAAAAUAUGAUUCAGAAUUCUAUUAAAUUUUGUUUGGAUUAGAAUGGAAGGUUAUUAAAAAGAUAAUUAGAAAUUUAAUAAUAGAAUUUAAUCAUAUUAUUGCUUAAAAUAUUGAUACAAGUAAUUUAUGUAAUAAAAUCAACAAAUCCUAAUAAGUUGAGAUAUUCUUCUUAUAACAAUUAUAUUAUUAUUUUGAAAUUGUUGAUAAAUAUUACUUAAAAGAAUUUGAUGAAAAGAAAUUCGCUCAAGAAUCUAAAAUUUAAUAAUAUAUGGUAUUAAAAGAAUUGAAAAUAUCAGAUUACUUAGAAUUAAGAUAAAUAAUAAAGAGACUAAUGAAAUCAUGA